AGCAGCUGCAAAACCGCCCAUGGAGAGCUGUGCUCUUGCCGGCCCCAUUCUUCCGUGUUCCGUCAUAAACCGAAAGCACACUUACAAAGGUCAACGCUUGCACAUUAGGGAGUGGUCCAUAGCCCAAACAAACUGUUAACACAAGACGUCUAAUAGCAAUCAGAUUGCUUUUGCUGGUCGUUACCGAAAGUCGCCUUGCAAACUUUAGCUCCUACCAGUACAUGCCAUGGCGGCGGUGGAAGGCAAUGGCAACCUUGCGGAGCACAGCCAAUGUCAAGAGUCCUUCGCAAACGAUUUAGAAAUGGAAGCUUUCUUGAAAGGCGUCUCACUCGGCGGAGAUGGGGACUCGGACGAAGAGGCUGACCGGUUGCUAGCAGCGGAGCAGGCAGCAGAAGAGCUAAGUGAGGAGGAGCUGCAUGAGAUGGAAUCCGGGCCCAAGGACUGGCAGCGCUUCUACAUGGAUUACCACCAGCGUUUCGUAAACGACUGCGUGCUGCAGCUGCGAGGCGGGAAGGUGUGCGUACGACUGGCUCAGGCGCCCUCAGCCAAGUGUGCGAACAAGCAGCAGCAGCAGCAACAGCAGGGCCGCUCCAGGCAGCAACAGCAGCAGCAGCAGGGGCAGCAGAAGCUGGAUAAAGACUCCGAUCCUGCGCUCACAGGCACGACUGUGUGGGACGGCGCGGUGGUGCUGUCGCACUUCCUGACGGAAACUGCCGUACUGGUACGACCCGCGGACUCGCCGUACGCCUACAGCGGCGGCCGCCUGCCUGCCGUACUGGAGCUGGGGGCAGGCACCGGCGGUGUAUCCCUCUCCCUGGCCGCCUGCCGCCUUGCCGCCUCCGUCACCGCCACCGACCUGCCAGACCUGCUGCCCCACCUGCGAACAAACGUGGAGCGAAACAAACACCUGCUGCCGCCUCCGCCUCCGUUACCUCUGCCGUCGCUGUUGCGG